UUUGCAGAGAACAUCGAGAUAAUGUAAACAAAGAAUAUUGACCACCAACUUAAGACACUUGUCUUCAGACAGAUGUUUGCAAUAUAUUACAGUUAAAGUUCAAAUUUGAUGGAUUUUUAAAAUGGACAGUUGUCAAGGAAUUGCACGGGUUUCCAGCUAUCCAAAUUGUUUGGGUAUCGCUUUAUGAGGAAACACUCCAAUUGUGUUUUGCUUGCAUCUUUCAAAGCCUAGCUAAGCUGUACGUGAAGUUUUUUAAGAAGGUUUAUUGUUCCACAAUGGCCGGUAGGGGACGUGGGCGCGGAAGGGGCCACAUGAGCUUCAGUGUGGAGGCAGUCGGGAUUGGGAAAGGGGAAAAUGUGCCCCCCUCCAUUCUCCAGCCCACUCCUCUUUUCCCCCCUAUGGAACACAAGCCGGUACCUCUGGUGAUGGGAGAGGACUUAGAGUACAUGCUAGCCCUGAAGCAGGAGUUCAGAGGUGCCAUGAAGACCCUGCCAUUUUACAUCCGUCCUGCUGCCCCACAAAAAGAUGUGGAGCGUUAUUCUGAUAAGUACCAGAACAACGAGCCUACGGACAACACUAUUGAGUGGAACCCUGACUGGAAAAGAUUGCCUAAAGAGCUUCGAAUACGAGUGAGAAAACCCCAGAAAGAGAACACCUUCCUUACUGUGGAGGUUCCAGUGGAACCCAAACCUAGUAAAAAAUCCAGAGUGGACAAGGAAGAGAUCAUAUUAAAACUGGAGACACUGGAGAAAAAAGAGGAGGAGGUGAGCUCGGAUGAUGAAGAGGGGGAGAAGAAAAAGCAGGAGGAGGAGGUGCAGGAGGGUGACAAUGAGUACGACGAGGAAGAGUUUGAAGAGGAGACCGAUUACAUCAUGUCCUACUUUGACAACGGAGAGGAGUUUGGUGGGGACAGCGAUGACAACAUGGAUGAGGCUAUUUACUGAUGAAAUAACUGGGCACCAAGCAUGACAUUACUCAAUGACUCCUGUGAGGGGUAAACAUGUGACACUCCAGAACAGGGUAAUUAUAGUUAUUGUUUUAUUUUUGUAAGUUUGUAGGCUUUUACAUGACUUGUAAUGUUUUAUAAUGUUAGUUAUUUUUUUAUUGUGGGAUGGUAUAUUUUCAAUGGGAAAAAAUAGGUAUCAAUGUUGGUACACCAACAUCUUUUCUAUAAGUGUUCACCAUUCAUUGUCAAUUUAAACUUUUGCACUAUGUUUUUUAGUGUUUUUAAGUCUGGUUUUAGACCAAAAUAAGUUCAAAGAAAAAUGUUUUAGAUGUCCCGUCAAUGUUUUAUUGUGUUGCGUAUGUCUAUAUUUCUGUAUUUUACAACAUUUUGUAAGAGUUUUAUAUUAAUAUUGUCUUAAUCUUAAUGUUUAAAAACAUUUGUGCAGUGAAAUAA